AUGGCAAUAACCAUGUUCUAACAAAAUGAAAACAUCUUCAAAAUAAAAAUAGAUGAAUUCAAUGAUCUUUGUUAAUAAAAUGCACUUACUUAAAGCAAACACUUAGUUUUUGAGAAGAUGAAACUUGUUUUUCUUUAAGCUGAGCAAAAAGUAAUCUAAUUGAAUAUAUGUUGAAGUUCAAAUUCAUGAAGUUGAAUUUGGAUCAUUUACAGAUCUUCAUCAAAAAGACUUUGCAUAGUAUAUGAAAUCCAACAAAACUCAUUUUUUUUUUUAGAAUUCCGAAAGAAACUUAGAGAUUUACAAUCUAAUCUUGAUAAAAUCCCUUUAUCAAAUAUUAGCAGCAAUAGUAAAAAAUAACCUCCUUCUCAAAUCAAAGGAAUUUAAAUAGUGAGAAACUCUGGAUUCUCGGUUAUUAGAAGCUGA